CAACCAACAAGUCAAAUGCAAAGCACAUUCAUCCCCAGUUGCACGAGCUACUCAAAGGCCCGUACGCGCGACGCCCUCGAACGACGUAUCCGAGGUCGCUGACAGCUGCACUAUUGAGGCGCCAAAUCUAACGCGGCACAUAGUGUAUACAAAUCAUAGUCAGGCUCAUAUGUUGACCAGGACUUCCUGUCGAUAUGGUUGUUGUUUCUACACUGCUAGAAUUCGAAUGAUGUAACCGUCUUUCAAGGCCAAGUUCAAGGUCACCUCAAUUGCAAGCGCCGUGUGAAAGCGCCCUGGCAGCGGCAUGGAAGCUGUUCCAGCGGCUCCACAGUGCCCGAAGGACGGGUGAUCCAUGUCUGACAUGGGGCCCUGCUGUUCGGCUUACCCCCCUUUCAGGGUUGCUCCCAAGCAACUGCGAGAACAUGCUGGGCUUGGUGAAUCGCCCAGACAACCCAAGGUAACUGGAGGUACAGAAAAUCAACUGCUUGAUUGGGCUUCCCUGCCAAUGUGCUGUGCACCACAACAGCUAGACAACUCCCCUCUUAAGCACCUCCCAUCCGCUCAAGGUGUAUUCACGCGUCUUUGGGACAGUGUCGGCUCCGAAUCGGCAAGGGCGGGAAAACGGGUCUUGAGCUCUUGCUCCAGGGAACGUCAACAUCAGAAAGCCGCUGAGGUGAGGUUCCUUCCCUCCCCUCCAGUUCCGCGUGCCUGGGCACCUCAAGUCCUCAACUCCUCUCCGCUGCACCAUAGCACCAAGCUCUGUUCUGAUCCACCACACACCAGAAACCAGGAAAUCGGCACGUCAUCGCACCAAUCUUAACAACUUCAUUCAUAUUUCCCGAAUCCUGACACUCUCCCAAUUGAACAAUUCCUGCGUUGAAGAACCCUUUUCCUGGCCCCUUGACCACCUUCCUCCACUUGGUGCCUGCGAGGCCUGCACUUAUAAGGCGGAAACCCCGCUAUAAUUCAGCAGCCUCUUUCCCUCCCUGGUUCUGCCAGCCUCAAACUGCAGACCGCCCGCGUUGCACCGGACGACCAGAGAAAACUCAAGAUCGGGCCCAGCAACCACCAACUUUUGCACACGAUUCUUCAAUCAAGUGCAAUUGAGGUGGUCGCUGCCGAUUGAGGUCGACCAGCUUUCGACAAGUCGUCUGGUGCACU